AUGGCGACCGCCAACGCGACCACUACUGCUACGGCCAGUAGCACUAAUGUAGUCAGUCCGCAAGGUGGCAUCCUCGAAGGCGGCAACCCAACCCAUUACGACUCCAAGAAUCCACUGGUGUUGUUUAUUAUCCAGGCCGUAAUAAUUAUCGUGCUCUGUCGCCUGAUCCACUGGCCCCUCUCGAAGCUUCGUCAGCCCCGAGUGAUUGCAGAGGUUAUCGGGGGAAUUGUUCUGGGCCCAUCGGUGAUGGGCCGCAUCCCCGGAUUUACCGACGCUAUUUUCCCGGCCGCCAGCAUUCCCAGCCUCAAUGUAGUCGCCAAUCUAGGCCUGAUUCUCUUCCUCUUCUUGGUCGGUGUCGAAACCGACCUUCGCUUCCUGGUCAGUAAUUGGCGGGUCGCUUUGAGCGUCUCCGCUGCGGGCAUGAUCUUGCCAUUCGGCUUGGGUUGCGCUAUCUCUUAUGGCCUCUACCAUGAGUUCCACGAUGACCCUAGUACCAAGCCCAUCGCCUUCGGUACCUAUCUGCUGUUCAUCGGUAUUGCCAUGGCCAUCACGGCCUUCCCCGUGCUGUGUCGUAUCCUCACUGAGCUGAAGCUGCUCCCAACCCGAGUCGGUGUUAUCGUGCUGUCUGCAGGUGUUGGCAAUGAUGUAGUGGGCUGGAUCUUGCUCGCACUGUGCGUCGCUCUUGUCAACGCGGGUAGUGGCAUCACGGCUCUGUACGUGCUGCUAGUUUGCGUUGCCUACAUGCUAUUCUUGACUUUCGCUUUCCGCCCGCUGUUCCUUCGCUUCCUCGAGAAAACUGGCAGUCUGCAAAAAGGGCCCAGCCAGUCGGUGGUCGCCCUGACAUUGCUUAUCGCUCUGGCGUCGGCCUUCUUCACCCAGAUCAUUGGUGUUCAUGCCAUUUUUGGAGGCUUCGUUAUCGGCCUGAUCUGUCCGCACGAAGGCGGCUUUGCCAUCAAGCUUACUGAGAAAAUUGAGGAUUUGGUCGCUGUUAUUUUCCUCCCACUUUAUUUCACGCUGUCGGGUCUGAGCACUAAUCUGGGCCUUCUUGAUUCUGGAAUCGUCUGGGGUUAUGUGAUUGGUGUAAUUGCCAUCGCGUUCAUUGCGAAAGUCGCCGGAGGUGCUGUUGCGUCGCGGCUUUGUGGUCUUUUAUGGCGCGAAAGCUUUUCUAUCGGUGUGUUGAUGAGUUGCAAGGGUUUGGUGGAAUUAAUUGUGCUGAACAUUGGCCUCCAAGCCAAGAUUUUGAGCACUCGCACAUUUACAAUUUUUGUCGUUAUGGCCUUGGUCACCACAUUCAUGACCACUCCAUUAACUACCUUGCUGUAUCCCACAUGGUAUCAGGUUAAGGUCGAGCGAUGGAGACGCGGGGAAAUCGACUGGGAAGGCAAUCCUGUCCAACGCGAUGACCGUAAUGACAGCGUCGCCAUUGCCAAGGAUCAAUUGAAGACCGUCCCAGUCCGCAAACUCCUCGUCUACCUUCGCCUCGAUGGCCUUUCCGGAGUCUGUACUGUAGCAGCUCUCCUCAGCUCAAAGCGACGUGCACCCGUGUCAUCACGCAUUCACCCUGCAAAGAUGCCAAAGCAGACCGAGGAAACCGUUGAAGAUCCUAUGACCUCGGAAGAGGACGAAGACAAUACCACACUUAAGGUCCACGGUGUUAGGUUAAUGGAAUUGACGGACCGUGAUUCCAGUGUCAUGAAGGUUGCUGCUGCGGGCGAGCAUGCGCUGUGGGAUCCGGUGGUGAACACCUUCCGCGCGUUCGGAGACUGGCAUGAUCUCUCGCUCAUGGCAGGUGUGUCCGUUGUCCCUGAGCACUCUUACGCAGACACUGUCAUCGGCAUGGCGCAGCAUGACACCGCAGAUAUGCUCCUUCUCCCCUGGAGCGAGACUGGAACACUGGCCGACCACCAUAGUGGGCUAGAGAUCGACGACGCAAAUCGGUUCUCUAACGGCGCCUACACAAACUUUGUCUCUGAUAUCCUAGAUCGGGUCGCUGGCCAUGUCGGUAUCCUAAUCGAAUACAGUCCAGCCUCAACAUCAUCAAAGCGACCCGUGAUUUCACGCACCGCCAGCGGUAUGAGCCUCCAGGGCUCUACCUUCGCCCGCCAGCCAACUGGCAGUCACUCCCACCAUAUUGUUCUUCCAUUCUUUGGCGGUUAUGACGACCGCUUCGCUCUUCGGAUGGUCAUGCAGCUCGCUCAGAAUGACCAGGUCACUGCGACUGUUAUCCAAAUUGGUGGAUUGGGCAGUGAAGGCACCAAACCAGGGGUGUCCACUGCAGCAUCCGCUUCCAGCUCGAGUGCACCCCCCGUAUCUUCCUCUCAAUCCGACAUGGCUUUCUUCGAGACAAUUCGAGAUUCAGUGCCAGAGGAAAUUCAAGAGCGCGUCGUCUUCCACCAACCAGUUGCGAACGAAACCAUCACCGACGCAGUCCAGAUGGCUGUCGUUGCUGUGCGUGAAGAACUUAAUAACACAUCCAACAAGGCAAACAAUAUUGUCAUCGUUGGUCGUCGUAGUAUCUCUUCUGAGAUCGAGCUGGGUCCUGAGGACGGUAUUGGCCAUGAUACCCGUCGGACUCUGGGAGCUGUCGGUACUGCGAUGGUACAGCCCGAGAGUAAAAUUUACGGUAGUGUGUUGGUGCUGCAGGCUGGGACCGAUACCGGCUUGGCUAAUUACUACCGCUGA